CUCCCAAGAGAACUGGCCAUAAGCAAGUCCAUCAACCACCAAAACCUUGUCAGAGCCAGACAAGUUGUGGACUUGGGUGAAAUGGUGUUUGUUUUCAUGGACUAUUGCCCUCAGGGAGAUUUACUUGAGCACAUUCAGAAGCAUGGCCCCAUUCUUGAGAAGGAUUCCAAAUACAUGUUUUGGCAAAUUCUUCAGGCCAUGAAGUACUUGCAUGGAAAAGGAAUAGCACACAGGGACAUAAAAUGUGAGAAUGUGCUUAUGCAUCAGAACAGCACAGUGAAACUAACAGACUUUGGAUUUGCAAGAGGAUAUGUCAACAGGGUCACUGGCCAACCAGCUCUGAGUAGAACAUUCUGUGGAAGCAUGGCUUAUGCAGCACCUGAAAUACUCCAAGGUUUACCAUACUACUCAGACAAAUACGACAUGUGGUCUUUGGGUUGCAUGUUGUUCAUCAUGAUCACAGGCAAAAUGCCCUUCAGUGACAAAGACCCCAACUAUCUCCUCCAACAACAGAUGAACAAAAGUCUGUUCUUCCCUGUAAUGACCUAUGUACCUGGAAGCUGCAAAAAACUCAUCAGAGAACUCUUGAAUCCAAAACCAAGUGAGCGGCCAGAUGUCAACCAAGUGCUGAAUACAACAUGGCUGAAAAUGUUCAACAGCUGGAGUUGAUCACAAGAUCAAAUUGUUUGAAUUAACCUUUUGUGAGGAAAUUUUUUUUAUUUCAUUACGUCCUCUCUUCUGCAUUCAGAAAUAUAACACCUUUUGAUCUAGCACA